AACGAAUCCACCUCCAGCAACCUUCUCAACACCGUCAAGAUGCUGAUUCCAAAGGAGGACCGCAAGAAGAUCCACGAGUACCUUUUCAAGGAGGGUGUCGCCGUGGCCAAGAAGGACUUCAACCAGCCAAAGCACAACGAGAUUGACACCAAGAACCUCUACGUCAUCAAGGCUUGCCAGUCUCUCACCUCGCGCGGCUACCUGAAGACCCAAUUCUCGUGGCAAUGGUACUACUACACCCUCACCCCAGAGGGUCUGGACUACCUCCGCGAGUGGCUCCACCUGCCAGCUGAGAUCGUUCCUCAGACUCACGUCAAGCAACAGCGCUCGCACGCUCCUCCACGAGGAAUGUUGGGUGGUGAUGGCGACCGCGAGCGACGUGGUGGUGGCCGUGGCGGACCACGCCGCGAGGGAGGUGACCGCGAGGGUGGAUACCGCCGCCGUGAAUUCGGUGAGAACAAGGAUGGUGCUGCCCCAGGUGGCUUCAACCCAGAGUUCCGUGGUGGGUUUGGCCGUGGCCGUGGCGCUCCACCAGCUCAGUCUUAG